ACCAUCUCCUCCUCCUUCCUUCCAUCACACUGGGCGUGUCGAACACACUAUAAAUUGUGGAAUUAAAGGUUGUCCGUCCCGCAUUGCUCUGACCUCAGGAUAAACCUUGUCUGCGCAUUUGUCUCGUGCCUGUAUCUGCAGUCAUGACUGAUCUGGAAAAAAGCAUGGAGUUGCUCUUAACAACAUUCCACCGCUAUGCUGAAGAAGACGGUGAUGGACAGAUGUUAAGCAAGAAGGAAUUUAAAAAACUAGUGGAGAAAGAGCUGCCCACCUUCCUGAAAGCCCAGAAAGAUCCCAAGGUUGUGGACAAGAUCAUCAAAGAUCUUGAUGAAAACAAAGAUCAAAAAAUUGACUUCCAAGAAUUCCUUGUCCUUAUAAAUGGGCUUUCAAUGGCCUGUGAAAGGUGUUACGUGCUCCAGCAGAAGAAGUGCAAGAAAUGAACAGACAGGGUUUUGCGUCAGAUAUUUUAAGAGUAAUCAAUUUGUGUAGUGCAAAUGUGUGCCAGGCUCACUAGUAAAACAUAAGCGCAAUCAAACAACUUUGUCUUAUUACUUUUUAAUGAUUGAUGACUGAAUAUCUCAGGAGUUGUACCAGAGAUACUGAAAAUAGUGAUGAGGUUCAGAUGUGAUGAACAUGUGAGCAAUAAAUCUUAAGUGAAUACAGGAA